ACAAUAAAGCAGCAAAGCUAAUGGAAGUGGGUGGUGUGGUGGUCCUCUCCUUAUUAAAUGUCACCUUGCCCUCCAUUUCUAUUCAAAAUUCAAAUUCAACCCAGCUCCCAGAUCCCUAGCCUCCCUCUUCCUUCCUACUUCUCUUCUCUUUUCUCUAGUUGCUCCACUUAACAUUUUUUUAACAGAGAAGCUUAUAGUUGAGGAAGAGACACAGCCGAGAGGCUUGUGUCAAUGGAAGCGGACAGAAAAGAGAGAAGGGUAAUUUGGUAAUUGAGAGCAGAGGGUGAGUGAAGCAAAGAAAAUGAGCACAGCUAGAUUCAUCAAGUGUGUCACUGUUGGAGAUGGAGCUGUUGGGAAGACAUGCAUGCUAAUCUCUUACACCAGCAAUACCUUCCCCACUGAUUAUGUGCCUACAGUGUUUGACAACUUUAGCGCUAAUGUGGUGGUGGAUGGCAGCACAGUUAACCUUGGAUUAUGGGACACUGCAGGACAGGAAGAUUACAACAGGCUGAGGCCUCUGAGCUAUAGAGGUGCUGAUGUGUUCUUGUUGGCCUUCUCUCUCAUCAGCAAAGCCAGCUACGAAAACAUUGCCAAGAAGUGGAUACCUGAGCUGAGGCAUUAUGCUCCAACAGUCCCCAUUGUGCUUGUGGGAACCAAACUUGAUUUGCGGGAGGACAAAGAGUAUUUGAUUGAUCAUCCUGGUGCUACACCAAUAUCAAUUGCACAGGGUGAAGAGCUGAAG